AUGUCCAGGCGGAUGUCGGGGAAGCGCAGUAGCAGAGAAAUGAAUGGCCGCGAGAACACUCGAAUUCGUCGAUCGCUGACCACAGAUGAUGACGCUUCCUGUACGCAGGCUGCUGUUAUCACCGGCGUCCUGGCUCAGGGAGGCGUGAUGUUCGUUCAGCCUAUCCUCCAUGGCAACGUGCUUUCUUCACUGCUUGCCUUAAUGUCAUCCGACUCCUCCUCUCUCAGCCUGAUUGUCGCCAUCCUGAAGACCCUCAUCACAAUUGCCGAUCGACUGCCACCUGCGAACCCGAACGACUGGCUACCUGACCAACAACUUGCGAACCUGCUUUAUUCGCAGGAGCAUAUCGGUAGCCUAGCAAGGAUCAUCGGUCAAAACUCGCCGGAUCCGGAUGUGCAGCAAAGCAUCCUUUUGGCAGUAAUGUUGAUUGUCAAGACAUGUUCGACAAACAAGCAAAAAGAUGCACUGGUAGAGGCAGACGUGCUAGACGCAUUGGCUAAUAGAUUAUCCUCCUUCAUCGUAGCUCAGGGAUUCGUGCUGCCUGGUGCUGAGGGUCGUCUGCACGAAAGUGGUUCUUUGGCCUUUCUCCCACCUCCUGCGCCACCACGAGCUCGCCUGGCUCCGUUCCUACGUCUUACUGCGGUCAUCAUUGAUGGCUCGAGAGCACGUUGCGAGCAUCUUGUCACUUCUCCCGCCCUGCUCACUGUGUUUCCCAAACCACCUCCAGAAUUUGCACCAGCGGACGUGAAGAAAGCUCCGUGGGGCGCGGCCACUUAUCUUUCCGGUACCGCAGUGCCACGCCAUGUUCAAUCUAAUCCAAUUGAUGCUUUGCUCCCAUCUGUAUCGACGCCUUCGGCCAAGCUGGCUGCCGAGCAGGCCAAUUUUCCGCCACUCAGCUCAAUAGCGGCCAUCUCCAAGAGAGACACCUCCUUCCUCUCGGCUGCGCUAGCGUUCGGCAGCAGCGACAAUGAGGAUACAUCAAGCGAAGAUGACGAGAGUCCUGCCGUUGCAUGGCUCCUUUAUCUCGUAAGAAAUGAGACAGGGAUGACACGCUUGACGGCAGCGAAACUGCUGGUGACCUUGUUCCGUCAAGGCCUUGUGAGGAAGUCUCGGAUAGGCAUGUUCUCUAUGCUGCUCGUACCUUUGCUCGUGCGCAUGCUCGACAAGGACUAUGAUGUCGAGGAGAUAUCAGACAAGGCCGAGUUGGAUGUUCUACCUACCAAGUUACUCGUCCGAGAAGAGGCUCCGGAAUUGCUUGCCAUGUUGGUGAUGGACUCGCGCUUACUGCAGAGGGCUGCAGUGGACUCUGAUGCUAUCAAAAAACUUUCUCAACUGUUGAAAGAGAGCUUUGACCCUAUACCGCCCCAACGUCGAGCCGCCUGGUGUCCGGAGAAAAACCCGCGAUUUUCCCGUGGCCGUUCAGACAAGGCAUUGGGCGAUACGGGCCCGAGUCCUAUGGCUCGUCACGUCUUGAGGCAUCGGGAAGCCGUUCUGAAGGCGUUGGCUUCGCUGGCGCCGUUCGACGACGAGUACAGGAAGUCAAUGUGCGACUUGGGCGUUGUGCCUUACAUAAUAGACUCGCUCAAACCAUACACUUCAAACCCCUUGUUGACAGACAACAGCCCUGUUGGGCCAAAUGUCGUAACUGGUAAUCCUGCUGCAACGCUGCUGGCCGCCUGCGCCGCCGCUCGAGCCCUGACUCGUUCUGUCAGUGUGCUCCGAACAAGUCUGAUUGACGCCGGUGUGGCACCCCCGUUGUUCCACCUACUGAACAACCAGGAUUCCGAAGUGCAGAUUGCUGCCACCAAAGUCGUUUGCAAUCUGGCAUUGGACUUUAGCCCUAUGAAAGAGGCUAUUGUCAGUGGAAACAUCGUCAAAACACUCUGCCAGCACGCCCAUUCGGCCAAUCCGAUGCUUCGUUUAGAUUCUUUGUGGGCCUUGAAGCACCUGGUCUACAAUUCGAGCAACGAUCUGAAACUCAACAUCUUCCAAGAACUGAAACCUGCUUGGAUCAAGCAUCUGAUGGCUAGCGAUCCGGAAGACGUGACUCCAGGCACGGUUCUUGGGAUGGGAAUCACCCAUGGAUUUGGUGAGGACGUAAUCCCCCGCCUGGAAGACGGAUCGGUGGAUACGGUCAUGGCAGAGAGUCCGGGACUACAGACAUGGAACCGGCACACGGCGGAAAGAAGAGCUCAAGCCUUGUCCGAGGACGACUACAGCAGGCACACCGUCAAAGACGACAUCAUGAUCCAGACCCAAGUCCUCGAGCUGGUCGUCAACCUGAUCUGCGGAGACGGUGCCGAUGAGGUCGUCGACCAUCUCUUCAAGGAGUUCAACCAGAAAGAACUAUUUACCAUCCUCGCGCAGCGCCUGAAACCUCGCAGUGGAAACCGUCCCUCAACCAGCACCAGCACCAGCACCAGCACCAGCACCAUUCCCAACCACAGCAAGCGAGACACGCUGAAAGCGCCCUCCCCACCGACCGAGGUCAUCAAAGCCGUCCUCGCCAUCAUCAUCCACAUCGCCGCCGCCACCCCCCGCUACCGCAGCGUGAUCAUCUCGCAGACCGAGAUCAUGAAGCUGAUCCUCAGCACCUUCGGCCACGCCAGCCGCGAGGUGCGCCGCCACGCCGUCUGGAUCAUCAUCAACCUCAUGUACCACGACGACUCGCGCGACUCGCAGGAUAAGCUGGAGUGUCGGAGACGGGCUGAGGAGCUGGAGAGACUGGGCUUUGUGGAGAAGGUCAUGGGGUUGAAGGAGGAUGUCGAUGUGGAUGUCAAGGAGAGGACGAAGACGGCCUUGAGCCUUUUUGCCGAGCUGUUGCAUGGGUGA